GCAUCAAGGUUAUCGCUUUACCGGUUAGACGUUUAAUGAAUGCUCAGGAGUUUGGAGCAAUUCAUUGACAACUAGUAAUUAUUUUUCAUUUAUCUUUUACUUCACGUGAAAAUGGCAAUUAAGAUCAAAGUUAAAGAUAAACUGGAAGACGAGACACUGGAUCUGAGCGGAUGUGAGCUUAAAGAUGUACCUGUUAAAGAGAUUUCAACCAUUAAAAAGGCCUCACACUUGGAUUUGUCGUAUAAUCUGUUGGUAUCCAUUCCUCAAACUAUUGUUACUUUAAGCCACAUUGUUACACUGGAUCUCAGUAAAAAUAUGUUGACUGAAAUACCUAAGAAUAUUGGAGAGAUGAAACAAUUGAAGCAUUUGGACUUGUACAGCAACCAGAUCAGUAGAUUACCCUUGAGCAUGGGGGAUUUAAAGAAUCUUAAAUGGCUGGAUUUAAAAGACAAUCCAUUGACAGCUGCUGUUGCGGUUGUAGCCGGCCCAUGCAACAAUACCAUCCAAUGCCAACAGUGUGCUCGUAGUAUCGUUUCAUACCUGAAGUAUAUUCGACUAGAAGUCGAUGAAGAGAAAAAAAGAAGAAAUGACGCAUUGACAGCUGCCACUGCACCUGUUGCAACGAGUAAAAACGAGAGCAAGAAGAAGAAGAAGACGAAUAAUUCCAAGGAUGAGAAACAGAAUCAGAAGAAGGCUGAUAUGAAGCUUCCAGCAAGUCACCAAAUUGUUACGCCUCACAGAACUCAGUCCAAUGGUCAGAGCAAGAGCAAAUCGAAUGAAUCAUCAUCAAGAGGUGUUUACAAGAGCCUCUGCGGGAUAGUCUUUCCGAUCGUCAAAUUUAUUAUUUUCUCGGGACUUUUAGCAGUCUUCGCGAUAAUUCUCCUCCCAAGGUUUAAUCAACCUCUCUCCGAUCAAUUUACCACGUAUCUCCAGGUUCAAACAAAACUGCCAGUAAAAGAGUAUCAGGAAAUAGGAAUUAAAACGUUCGAUGCAUCUUCAGAGAUCCUAGUGAGACUCUUAAACCGGACAAAAACAUUAGCAUCAGAAAUAUUCGCUAAAAUGAUCGAAGGGAGCAAUUGUUGCAGUAAAUAAUAAAAAAAACUGAAACAAACUGAAGCUCUCCCGCGAAUGAAAAUUGCCUUGUAAUUGUCAGCUCAAUAAAAUUAAAUGCAAUAAUAUAA